UCUCUUCUCCAAAAAAAAACCCAAGAGAGAGUGAAAAAUGGGAGAAGGAGAAGAGAUUAAUGCAGCAGAAGAAGAAAGAGAGAAUAUCAGUCUCAAGGACCUCUCUAAGAAGCUUGAGGAAUUUGCCAAGGCUAGAGAUUGGGAGAAAUACCACAGUCCCAGAAACCUACUCCUGGCUAUGGUGGGAGAGGUAGGAGAACUAUCAGAAAUCUUCCAGUGGAGGGGAGAGGUGGACAGAGGGUUGCCAAAUUGGAAGGAAUCAGAUAAAGAGCAUCUGGGAGAAGAGCUUUCUGAUGUGCUUCUGUACCUCAUCAGGUUGGCGGAUAUAUGCGGCAUUGAUCUUGCUGAUGCUGCCUCCAAAAAGAUUGUCAAGAAUGCCAUCAAAUACCCUCCCAAAUUCUUCUAAAUUAAUUACCUUAAUUAUUAGAACACAUGAUAAUUUCUGUAUUUCUCAAAUUUGUUUUUAUAUUAAGAUGAUCACUACGCCACAACACUGCAUCUACCACAGCUAAUUGACCAUGGACGUAUAAAGUCCGUUAUAAAAAGUCAAAUUUAACCACAAACAUUUGAAGUUCGUGGUAAAUAAUUA